AUGUCAGCCGCGGGGAAGAUAUGGGCUCCAGUAGCCCUACGCUUCCUCCGCGUAGGCAUCACCAAAACCACAAAGAUGAUACGAACCAAACUCGCCGACGUCGCCGCCGCUCGUACCGCCGCCCAAGGUGAACUUGCCCGUAUCCCAAUCCGAACUACGCCCACCGGCCGCCAGCCCAUUCAUCCGGCCGCCCUCCUCAGGCAGAAGCGUGCCGGCCGCUGGUACUCGACCGCCCAGCAGAGCGUGAACAACACCGUCCGCCGAUGGAUCUCCACCGCCGGAGGUAGCAGUGGUAACGCCGCACCACGAUUCAACCGCGCCUCGUUCCCGACCUCGAACACAUCUCGCCGCGUCGGCCAGAACACGGGACGGGCACCCUGGGCGAGCACCCUCCGACCGAACCUCACCGGCGGUGCCAUCCCUCGCACCCAAGGCGGAUACAGCACUGGCGGUGGAGCCCGAUACUUCUCGCACACCCCGGCCGCCCCGGCCCAGGUGGUCCACAACGUCUCCGUCGCCAUGCGGGCCUUCUGCCUCUCAGGUAAGAAGGCGCGCUACGAUGGCCUCAACGCCCGCGGCGAGAUGUGCUACCGCGCCGUCUCGGAGCUCGAGCAGAACGCCUACGUCAAGAUGAUGGGUGCCGCCCGCGGUAACCCCGGUGCCUUCAUCGACUUCAAGCUCAACCCCACCAUCACGGCCCUGAGCCCCCUUGCCGCUGCCGCCGCUGCCGGUUUCACUUCCGCCGGCGCUGCUGCUCCCGCCGCCACCCUCAACGAGGAGGGUUUCCUCGACGUCCUGUCCGUCGACUUCGCCCGUGCCGUUAAGGACCUCGCCGUCAUAUUUGCCGACCUGAAGAGGAUUGCCCUCUUAGGCGACCUACCUGUGACGAUGGAGAAAGGAAGCGUGUUACGCGUACGGUUCCCCGGCGUAGAUGCCGAGACCGUCGAACGAUUGUGUGACGACUACGGUGUCCAGCGCGGCGUUGUCGGUGAAGACCCUGGCUUCGCAGCCGAGGCCGGCGUGCCGAUGGCUCUUCGUUUCCCCUUCGCCCCUGAUGUCGAGGGCGCCAAGACGAUCACUUCGCCGGGCGGUUCUCUCCGGUCGCUGUCUGGGUUGGACAUCGACGUUGACGUGGACGAGGCCUUCAUUGACGAAAUGGAGGAGCACUCCUGGAUGUCGGAUCCCGAGGGCUACGAGAGCAUGUCGCCCACGCCAAAGACGAGCGAGCAUGCUUCUGACGAUUACGAAGGCUUGGAGGGCAUUUAUCGUUUCCUAGAGGAAUGUGACCGUGCUAAGGGCCGGUACUGA